CGAAAUUUGUGUACCAUUACGUGGAUACAGAUUGAAUGGGUAACUGGGGAACGGAGCAACAAAACAUCUUUAUUUGACAAAAACAGGAAUUUCGGCGAUUCAUGCAAGGCGGACACUGCGAUUACCCACUAACUUGACAAGUCCUCAGAAGAUGGCAAACAUGACUGUUGGGGGCAGCACCACCGGGUCUAUCAGCGCAGGAAGUGUACACGAUAUUAACGUUGAUGUAGUUGAGGUUCCAUGCACCCCAGUCAACGUCAGAAAACGAAAAAGACGAUCGUUCGCUGAGAGCCCAGAGGGGCCAACUGAUGAAGUGAAAGCAGAGAUUGAAGGAUUGUUGACCUAUGUCCCAAAAAUCGACAAGGUUUUUAACAUCACCAACAAGAUUGGAGAAGGAACUUUCAGUUCAGUGUAUCUUGCCCAUGUCAAAUGCUGUGGACCAAAAGUCAAACAGCAGUUUGCGUUGAAGCAUAUCAUCCCAACCAGCCAUCCAGAGAGGAUUCUGGGAGAACUGCAAUGUCUCCAUAUGAUUGGAGGAAAGGACAAUGUGAUGGGAAUGAAGCUAAGUCUGAGGGAACGAGAUCAUGUUGUCAUAGUAAUGCCAUACUUUCCACAUGACAGUUUCCAUGUAUUUGUUAGGAAGAUGAUGCUUUCUGAAAUGCGAGAAUACAUGCGUAAUUUGCUUCUUGCAUUACGCAGAGUGCACCAUUUUAAGGUCAUUCAUCGAGACAUUAAACCAAGUAACUUCCUCUGCAACCGCAAACUCAAAAAGUAUGCCCUUGUUGAUUUUGGCCUUGCCCAGAAAGUCCCAGGCUCAAAAUUUCUUCUCUCGUCUGCACCCUCAAGAAAAACUCAAAGAGCGAAGCCAAAUAUGCAACAGAAGAAUCCAUUGCCGGAGAAAACCUCUGAAAUCAAGCGCCCUCAUUCUCAGUCUAUACCUCGACUCACUGAGCUGGAUCCAAACACCUUCAACCGUACACUUCCCAAAACGCCAAACACCAUCAACUCGUCAUUCCUGAAAGACCCCAAAGGGACGCCCCUCAUGAAGACCUUCCAGCAACCUACCAUCAUGAACCAGAAACAAGUUGUACCUAAGAAGCAAGCUCCUAGUACCACAAAACAAACGCAACAGCGGCAAGGGACGACUAGGCUGAGCUCUGGGUCCUCCUCAUCAGUGAAGACGUGCAACUGUUUUGGGAUACUCCAAGUCUGUAACGUCUGCACCUCAAGGAGUGGUCAGGUUGCCCCAAGGGCAGGCACCCCAGGAUUCAGGUCACCAGAAGUUCUACUGAAAUACCCAAAUCAGACAACAGCGGUUGAUAUCUGGGCAGCUGGCGUCAUCUUCCUCUCCAUCCUAACGGGUCGAUAUCCAUUCUUCAAAGCUCAAGAUGACAUGACGGCUCUGGCUCAAAUCAUGAGCAUCGUCGGAACCGAAGAAAUGAAGAAGGCUUCUCGGGCAUAUGGGAAGGAAAUCACCAGCAGUGUCAAGUUGCCUGCGAUGAAUUUUAAGGCAAUGUGUGUGCAGCUCAGAAACGACAACUCCAACACCCCAUCGUCGUCGGACAAGAAGACUCGCAUCACAACGCCGACAACCAACGAAAAACCAAACCAUAAAAACAAGCGACGACGCAUUACAGACAGUCGCACAUCGUGCGAUAACACUCCAAAGACAUCACCAGCAUCGUCACAGCCUAGGGCGAGGUCCACACGAAGCCCGCCCUCUAGAGUUGAAAAGGUUGUGCCGACAACGCGACCAGGGUGUAUACCGGAUUCAGCGUAUGAUCUUCUGCAGCGCUUGCUGGAUCUGAACCCGAACACCAGGAUAUCUGCGGAGGAAGCUUUGAAACAUCCAUUUAUUAGUACAGUGCAAUAGUUUAUAGAAACAUUGUUUGAAUACAUGAAUGCUACUCCAUUUAAAGGUCAAAAACUUAAUUGGUGUGAAAUGGUGCAGCUGUUGAUUGUAGCUUGAUUUUUUGAAACGAGGUGGUCAAAAUAGCACAAAUAAAACUUCAGGGCUUUUGCUUUUUAAACCGACGUAUUAACAAUUAUAUAUUGCCACAGUGCUACAGUACCACAGACCUCUAUUUUGAUCUUUUUUUAAACGGUAUACAAUUUAUACUCUUGCUCCGUCGAAAGCAUUUUUUUUUUUUACAAAAAAACAAAAUGUUUGAAAUGUACAGUUGUAUUAUACAGAUGAGUUUUUUAAUUGUAAUUGAAUGAACAUAAUAUGAUAACAUCUUUUUGUUUUUAGAUUACGUAAUUUUUUUUUUUUUUUACAGUUUUGAUGUGCUCUUCAUGUGUUGGCGUAUGUAAAAUUAAGCCACUCUGUAGAUUUAUAUCUCUUGUUAUGACUGAGGCAAGCUUUAAGUCUACUUAGAAAAACAGGGGUUUGAAUCCCACUCGAUGCAGUUGUCAUCAUUUUGUGUAUUUCCCCCAAAAGGGAUGGGGAGUAGGGGACAUAAAGCAGUGUUUAAGAAAUGAAAUGUGUGAAGGGCAAACCAAAACUAAGCGGUUUUUAAAUUUGUGAAAAGGACUUUUCAUAUGUUAGAUUUUAA